UUCCGCAGUAUCCUUCCUGGCAAGUGGCAACCCACCCCACCAACUCUCGCCAUUGGCGGCCCUAUAUAGCUCCGCAACCCUUCCAUCCAUCCCGUACCACUAUCGAGUAUCCAGGCAAAGGCAAGUGCAAGUCCUCCCAAAUCCACGCAUCCCUCGCCCGCGUCUCCUCCCGUUGCCGCAGCAGCAAGAGAUGGGCAGCGUCGACGCCUCCGAGACGACGGUCACCGGGUGGGCCGCCAGGGACGCCACCGGCCACCUCUCCCCCUACAGAUACACCCUCAGGAAAACAGGACCUGAAGACGUGGUGUUGAAGGUUAAGUACUGCGGCAUCUGCCACACUGACGUCCACCAGGUCAAGAACGACCUCGGUGCUUCGAAGUACCCCAUGGUCCCAGGGCAUGAGGUGGUUGGCGAGGUGGUGGAGGUCGGGCCGGAGGUGAGCAAGUUCCGGGCCGGCGACGUGGUGGGCGUGGGGGUGAUCGUGGGGUGCUGCCGCGACUGCCGGCCGUGCAAGGCCAACGUCGAGCAGUACUGCAACAAGAAGAUCUGGUCGUACAACGACGUCUACACCGACGGCAAGCCGACGCAGGGCGGCUUCGCCUCCGCCAUGGUCGUCGAUCAGAAGUUCGUGGUGAAGAUCCCCGCCGGGCUGGCGCCGGAGCAGGCGGCGCCGCUGCUGUGCGCGGGGGUGACGGUGUACAGCCCGCUGAAGCACUUCGGGCUCAUGACCCCGGGCCUCCGCGGCGGGAUACUGGGCCUGGGCGGCGUGGGCCACAUGGGCGUGAAGGUGGCCAAGUCCAUGGGCCACCGCGUGACGGUGAUCAGCUCGUCCAACAAGAAGCGGGCCGAGGCCAUGGACGACCUGGGCGCCGACGCGUACCUCGUCAGCUCCGACACCGACCAGAUGGCCGCCGCCGCCGACUCGCUGGACUACAUCAUCGACACCGUGCCCGCCAAGCACCCGCUGGAGCCCUACCUGGCGCUGCUCAAGAUGGACGGCAAGCUGGUGCUGAUGGGCGUGAUCGCGGAGCCGCUCAGCUUCGUGUCCCCCAUGGUGAUGCUGGGGAGGAAGACCAUCACGGGCAGCUUCAUCGGGAGCAUGGACGAGACGGAGGAGGUGCUCCAGUUCUGCGUCGACAAGGGGCUCACCUCGCAGAUCGAGGUCGUCAAGAUGGACUACGUCAACCAGGCGUUCGAGAGGCUCGAGCGCAACGACGUGCGCUACCGCUUCGUCGUCGACGUCGGCGGGAGCAACAUCGAGGACGCCGCCUGAUCGACGGCCGGAAAAGCAGAGGGAGAAAGAGCUAGACUGAGCGGCGAGUGCAAUGACAGUAUCAUGUGUGCCCGUGGCAUUUGCCUGAACUUGAUGCAGUACAUGUUUGUGACCUGUUUCCGUUUUCAAUCAGUGUGCGCGCGUUCGUUCCCGUGGAGAUGCAUGUUUUGGUAUGAAAUCCGGCCUUAAUGAUGAUGAUAUCUGUGUAUGGAGUUAUAAAUGGCGGUUUCUUCC